CUCAGUGGAAGAAGUAAGCAUUGUGCACUGUAGUGCAUGGCAUACGUGCAUGCAUCGCAUCCUGCUGCAUGCACACAUACAUACAUGUUCGCAUCGUCUGACCUGGUUCAUCCUAAGGAAGAUAAAGGGAAUUUUCCAACUUUCCUACAUGGUUUGCCUCAAGAAUCGCACUCGUUUGUGCAUCCUGACCAUGAAUCCCUUAAGCCUCUUCCCUUCAUAACGUUUAGAGAGGAUCUUCAUUUCUUCAACCAUCACCCCUUCCUGAUUUUACACAACUCUAAUUCAUCUUCUACAAACAAUUGGCAUGCAAAGCAUCAUGGCUGAAGUAACAAUAGAAUUGGAUGAAGAGAAUGAAACAAAUACACCAUUGACGGAGACACUAGAGCCGAAAGUGAUAUUAUCGGCUCCACCUGUAUCUUUUCUACCCCUGGCCGGUAAGCCGGCUAUAUCGUGGGAGAGAUGGCUACAGUCUUUUGAACUGUACCUCGACAGUCUUGGCAAAGCUAACUUAUUGGAUUCCGCUAAGUGUGUGCUCUUGCAGCACUGUCUAGGAAAGGAAGGAAGAGUUGUGUAUGCUCAACUUUUACCAGGUAAAACCACAUACAAAUCUGCCAGAGCUGCUCUCACUACUUAUUUCAGCCAACACAGAGACAUUCAAUUACUGGAAAAGGGUACUUUGCCCAUGGCUAACGCAGAGUUGAUGGGCAAGCAGAUAAAUCAUAGUUCCGCUCCUUCACUGCUUCUAUGCGUUCAGAAUGUGUCUUUGGAGGAAGAGAAGGCUCCCCAUAGGGUUGAAACGAUGCCUGGACAAAGAAGAAGUGAUAGACUGAAAAAAAGAAAACGUCCCGCCAUUCCAACCCCGUCACUUUCGUCUGGAGCUGUUGAUAAUAUGUAUUACUAUUCCAGUGAUGGGAAGUAUUAUGAUGAGCAGGAUAAAGUCAAGUGUGAAGGCGACUUUGCUGGUGAUGAUGACUUUACAGUUGACUCUGCACAUGUUGAUUCUGACUCUACAAUUGAUAGCGAUGACACGGAUGAUGUAGACAGCCAUGAAUCUAGGUAUAUCGACAUUGCCGGGAAGGUUACCUAUAGCUGUUCCUCGACCAAGGGAGAUUCCCGGAAGGACAAACUGUUCUGCUGUCAGCUCUGUGCAAAGGUAUUUGGACGGAACUACCACCUGCAUAGACACAUGAGAGCUAAGCACGGCCGUUCUGCAUACGUCUGCUGUAUAUGUAAAGAAAGUGUAGAGAGUAGCAAGGCACUGAAAACACACAGGGAAGCCCAUGCUGCACUGAGAUUUGCAUGCCCCGAUUGUGAUGCAAAGUUCUCCUUUGAGUAUAUGCUGCUGAGUCACAUUCAGUCUCACCGAAUCCAACUGAACAAAGAAGAUAAUUGUAGCGAAGGCAAACAUAGUUCGAAAAAGGUUGGAGAUGAGAAUAGCUGGGCGGUUGGCUCUUGGUCUGCUGGGCAGGCAACUUUGGACGAGGAUGGACCCAAAAAGUCUGAAGAGCUAAUGGAAAGUAACGGUGGGCAGGCAAAGCAAGCGGAGACAAAGACGAAGCUCCAUUCCUGUCCCCUCUGUCCCGACCGGGGCUUCAGAGGGGCCUCAAAGCUGACCCGCCACAUGAGGAGCCACACAAAGGACAAGCCGUUCUGCUGCCCAGUCUGCGGAAAGUUGUUCAGCCAGGACUACCACCUGAGAAGACACCUGAAGGUCCAGCAUAGCGUAGCCGAGUUCAUCUGCUCUAAAUGCUGGAAAUGGUUCAGUAGCGUGGAAGAGCUUGAAAAGCAUGGCAGUGCCCACAGCUCCAGUGAAUACCCGUGCCCUCGUUGUGAUAGAAUGUUCUACAGUAAAGAAUCUCUUAAUCGCCACUCCGAGGCCCAUUCACAUGACCAACAGGCCCACCUGGACUACGCCAAAUGGAGGCAAGUCUUUGCUGUGUCCAUUGAGAUCCAUGGCAUGCAAAAGAAAAAGAAAAUGUAUGAGUGUCCGUACUGCCUCAAGGGUCUCGCCCUUCAGAAAACUCAGCGUAAACAUUUAACCAUGCAUGAAAAGGAAAUGAAUGGAACUUGUCCCAGGUGUGAGGAGACGUUUAGUUCGCUGGAAGAGCUCCGGACACACAUGGAGAGCCAUACCAGGUAUCCCUGUGCCACCUGUGGAAAGCAGUUUAAACUUGAAAAUGCGUUGAAGAAGCAUGAACAAGUCCACAGAGACGAGUGUCGUUACUGCGCGCUGUGCGACAAGUACUUUGUUAAAACAUCUCAUUUCAAGAAACACAUGAGGUUCCAUGUCAAACGGGAGUCCAAGUGCCCACACUGCGACGGCGUCUUCCUACGGUUGGCGUCUUUUAAAAUCCACCUACGGAGUCACGUGGACGAAAGACCCUACCAGUGUCCCUGUUGCGUCGAGUGCUACAGCGUCAAGUCCGACUUCGAGAAGCACCGCUUGAAGCACAAGAAAUUCAAAGGUGCCAACCCGUACUCGUGCACCCGGUGCGACUACGCCUUCGCCACCCUGAGUGAGCUGAAGGUGCACAUGGAGCAGCACAAUGAGGACCCGGCCUUGAACUGCCCCCACUGCGGUAAGCUGUACCUGAACAAGGCCAAGCUGGAGAGGCACGUCAGCAUCCACACGGGGGAGCGAAGACACCUUUGCUCCAUCUGCGGCCACGGCUUCGUGGGGGCGGUGCUGUUGAAGAGCCAUAUGGCGGUUCACAGCAGCGAGAAGGCCCACAAGUGUACCCUGUGCAGCAAGAGUUUCAAGACGCAGAGCGGACUGCGUAGCCACAGUGCACGCCACUUGGCAGCGCCGCCCCGGUUCCCGUGCUCUGAGUGCGGGAGGUCUUACGGUCGCAUGGUGGAGUUGAAGAUGCACCAGCGCUACCACACGGGGGACAAGGCCCACAAGUGCACCUGUUGUUCAAAACGUUUCAUUACACAUUACAAGCUCAAAGUGCACAUGAGAACUCAUACGGGGGAGAGGCCGUACGCCUGUUCCGAAUGUGGACAGACCUUUACGCAGAUGGGUGACAAAAAUAGGCACGUGAAUAAAUGCCACUAGCAAAAUAUUCUUGUUUGCCCAUGAUGUUGAAUUGUGGUUGAAUUAAAAAAUGUCAGUUAUGAAAAGAUUUAUAUAUUAUUAAAGCUCUUCCUUCAGUUGGAUUAUUUGACAUGAAAGUGUAAAACAAUAUUCAUUCUAAAAUUGUGAUUCUCAUACUCAUAGUUUGAUGUAUAUUUUUGUAAUCGCCAUUGGUUCGGUUAUAAUAUCUGUAGGUGGAAGUAUUCAAUAAAA